AUGGUUGACAGACUGCGAGAUUUCCCGAGGAUAAAUCCUCUUAUAUUCACAGGGGCUAAGACUUCAGAGGAUCCUCAAGAGUUUAUAAAUGAGGUGCAUAAGAUCCUGGUGGCCAUGGGGGCCACUGAUAUUAAGAAGGCUGAACUGGAUUCCUACCAGCUCAAGGAUGUUGCACAAACUUGGUGCAAGAUGUGGCAAGAUAGUUGUGUCCUAGGUGGAGUGCCAGUCACAUGGGAGCUGUUCAAGACAAUAUUUUUGGAAAGAUUCUUCCCCAGAGAGAUGAAGGAGUCAAAGGUUGAGGAGUUCAUCAACCUUAAACAAGAAUCUUUGACGGUCAGGGAGCAUUCCCUGAAGUUUGUGAAGCUAUCAAGGUAUGCUACUUCCCUAGUUUCGAACAGUAGGGAUGAGAUGAGUAGGUUCCUCACAGGAAUCAAUGAAGACCUGGAGGAGGAGUGUCGGUCUGCGAUGAUCUAUGAUAAUAUAGACCUUUCUAAGUUAAUGGUACAUGUCCAGCAGGUAGAGGACAACCGCAAGAGGAGAGGUAUUCGUGAUAUUAAGAGGCCUACACCUCAAGAUCAGGCAGGUUCCAGCCAUAGAGUCCAUAGAAAUAAUUUUGGCGUCCGUGAGCAGCCCAAAUUCAAGAAGGGGCAACAGAGUUAUGGGAAUUCUAACCCUCAAAGAAAUACAACACCUAGAGGAGGAAGAUUCUAA